UGUAUAGUAGAUGAGAAUCAACGUUAUGGCGAACACUCCAGCCUGCUGCAUCCAGGAAGAACAUGAGGUGCUCGGCGAAGGGGACGCGGAUCAAUUCCCGUGAUCGCAGUCUGCAGUCCAUGCGCCACUCUCGACUGGCCGACCCUUCAUGCUAACCAUCCAAACUCUGAACCGCUAACCUGCUGUCACAACCAGCUCACGCUUCGCUCCUGACAUGCCGACAAGCGCACAUUAGCUUUGGGUCGCCGUGCUCCAGUUCCUUGAUUCACUGCAUGCACCUCCGGCUGCACUUUCCAAUACCGUUUUGACCCUAAUCCAUUUGCCAAGCCCAAAUCACAUCGAACUACAUUUGAAAGGGACCCCGCUACUGCCCAAAGCGGCGAGAGAGAUGCACACUCACACCCCAACUCCAACAACUAGACUGGAGCGGAACAUCAGCCCAUAUCUGCAGCCAUGGCUGCGGUACGGACCUUCACGCUGCCGCACUACUCAGCCUACCCCGUGCAGGUCGCCCUAUUCAGGGACGUCAAGAAUGCCGAGUACCUGAGGAGUCAACUGCUGGCUGCGAAUCCAGAGUUCGAUUAUGCGUUUCUUGAUGCUGCGAUGAUCCUCACACCCACACACCUCUCAGCCGCCUCCUUCCUCGCCCUGCACGCCUUCCUCAACUCAACACACAAGACAAGAACCCCGCACAGCGAACUCGUCUUCCGCCUCUCCCCAAACAACAACAUCGGCGAGAGCUACAAGACCUUCGGCAUCACGCAGAGCACCACCAGCUUAAUCGCUGUAAAGCUGCCGAUAAAGGCAGACGGCAGCAUCGAUUCCAGCAUCUCGAACGAAAGUGUAAGUGCCCAUCUUGGUGCGGUGGUUGAGGGCCAGAGUGUCGAGUUGAGCGAGGGGAUCGAGGAGUUGGGGGAUGCGGCGGAAGUGCAUAGGAUCAAAAAGGCCUACAAGAUUACUUGUGCGAAGGGGGGGAAGAAAGGGGCGAAGGGGAUCAAUGGAGACGCGGGGAAGAAGGACGACAGGUCCGACAUUGAGAGUGUGAUCUUGGGAACUAUCGCGCUGAAGGGAUCGUGA